UUUAGAGGCGUUUCAGCAGGUCUUCAAACUGAACAUGGAGCUAUUGGUCAUCUUUGGUGCUGUGGUGGUGCUGCUAACUACCAGUUGUACAACUGAGUGGCAACACAUCCUGCCUGGUGUUGUCACACGUUAUGGGGAGAUUGGGAGGAACAUCACUCUGAGUUGUAACGCCUCGUCCAGUGGAUUCACAGAAUGGAGGUUGAAUGACUCGCAAAUCAUGGAGACUCCAGACAUGAGACUAACAGGAAAGGAUCUCACCAUCUUCAAUGCUGAUCCAUCCAAGGAAGGACAGUACAGCUGCCACAGCCCAGAGACAGGCAGCACUUUUACAAGAGUCUCUUUACUGUUGGGAUAUGCCCCAGGAAAGCCUCAGCUUGUCUGCCACUCAGUGAGCUACCCAUUGAACGUGACCUGUUUCUGGAAGCUGGAAAAAGCAACCAACCUUCCUACUGAGAUUAAAAUCAUAUUCAGUUAUGAAACAGAACUUGUCAAAGCCUGCUUGAGCACAGAGACACUGCAGGACAGUUGUACGAUCAAGGACAUCAAACUUUUCUCAGAGGUUCCCUACAAGGUGACGGUGACAGCAAGAAACCCCCUGGGAUCCCGAUCCACCAUGAAAGAAUUCAUUGUGGAGAAGAUAAUUAAACCGGACCCGCCUACUGAAGUCAGUCUUUCUCCAAUAGCAAAUCAGCAGAAGAAGCUGCUGCUACAGUGGAAGCCUCCUGCAACUUGGCCCAAUCCCCAGCUCUUCCUGCUGAAGUACAUCAUAAAAUACUGGAAAGCAGGAUCCAACACACCCAGAAUGAUUGAGAUCAGCAAUCAAACCACCUACACCUUGAGCGGCUUGCGAUCCAGAGCCUCGUAUUAUGUAGCAGUUGCAGCAAAGGAUUUUAUCGACAAUGGCCAACCCAGUGAGUGGAGCCCGACCGUCUCUGCGCGGUUGUGGUCCAGAGGUUGAUGUGGCUUUCCCUGAAUCCAAGUUUAUUCCUGCUAGUAACUUGUUUAUAAUCACACCUACAGCCUGAAGGAACAGGCGUGCAGGCCUGGAGCAUUUAUGUAAAGAGUAAGGCACAGUCUAUACCUGUUGGAGCAUCUCUUAUUUGUGUAAUAAACUUGUCAAUAUCCCAAUAUUGUUACCGUGCUUGUGAAUUAAAUCCUUGUUUAUUCCACAGAAGCACAGGCAGGGGAUGUAAUUGCGAAGGUUAGUGCACUUUGUCCUUCACAAACAUCAGGACCUUCUAUUUCACAUAUCAGAGUACUCCUGUAAAGAUUCUGUCCAAAAUGUGGCUCAGUUAAUGUAGUCUGGCCUGUUUCAAAACCCUGCUGUUAUCAAAUUAUAAGCAUAAUGGUCAUUUUGCAUUAGUUGUUCUCACCCUAUCAAAGAGAUUUUUCUUGUUCUACCCAUUCCUUUCCCCCAUUAUCCCCACCUAUUGACGCUUUCCCAGUUCUGACAAAACGGCCCAAUCCUGAAGAGUUAACUGUUUCUCUUUCUGCAGAUGCUGCUCCACUACUGAGUUUCCAGCAUUUCCUACUUCCAUGUGAAAGAGCACCAGUCUCAGCACUGCCCACUGUCAAUCCAAAAAUAAAUUGUUUGUUCCCAUUUUCUGUUUGCUCUCUUUAUAUUCUAACAGAGUGGAUUCUGGUUAAUUGGGUCAUCGGUUAAAUGUGGUAGAUGCUUAUUUGGGACAACGCUUAAAGAACACAAACUAAUCAAGAAGAUAGGUAGGAUUCUUUUUGUUUAUUUGGGACACUAUGCUGCCUGAUUGGUACAGGAGACUGUUGCCGAACAGUUUAUAACUAUUAUCAAUCUAGUACAUUUGUGUGGCACAACACUGUACUUAAAACAAACAGUUUUUAGAUAGUGUCAGUUUGUGUUCAAAAGUUUUUAUCACUGAUAGUUGGCAAGAAAUAAGCAGUAAGACUAUUCCAGCCUGUCUUGCUCACCACGGUUUCAAUCAUUCGGGGUUGGCAAUGCCAGAAAUGCUGGGAGUGAAAUUGAAACGAUUUCACUACUUCAGCAAGUUAGGAACUAUGAAGAAUAUUACAAUGAAAGUGAAGAUUUGGAGGAUGCAAUCAUUGAAACCAUUAUAUGAGCAGUCCAUUAUCUGCACUAGAUGUCUGAGCUGAUUCUGUUGAUUUAGUUAAACAAAAAAACUUGGCAGCAUACACUGGAUGAAUUCUUCCA